CGUUAAUCUUCCAACAAGUUCCGCUUGCGUCGGACACUCAGCCUAUAAAUAACAACUCCUCACUCCCAACGGCUCAACACUCAAGAGAGAGCGUCAUACACACUUACCGUCUGAGCUCUCCCUUUCCCCCUACUUUCUCACUCAUCCAUGGCGCUCCGUCAAGCGCUUGCUAAGCGCCCAUUUGGCGCCACCAGAGUGUCCCUAACGCCACCAUCGUCGGUCAUUACGGAUCACCAAACCAUCGUACCCCCGAAUGCCGCCCAGGCGAGUUUCCACAGGGAGUAUCUGACCUCGACGGACACACCCCGGAAAGGAUUUUUCCGGCGAUUUCUCCACAGACAGUCGGCAGCCAAGCUCCCGGAAUUCCUGACCGUUCCGGUCGGGGAGAAACUCCGGGAAAAGCUGAGAGGCAUCAACAUUAGCGCUGAUCGGCUCCGUCUCGGCGGUAUCAACCAUCCACCGCCAGAUCGGGCCCCCAACGCCGAGCUUCCGUACGGAAUCUCGGUCAGCGACGCUAAGAAGAUUCUGAGGCUUUCUCAGGUGGAGAAGCUGAAGGCAAAGCUGAGGGAGAUUCCUGAGAGUUCCAUUUCGCGAUCGGAGUUCGUUCGGAUCUGCGUCGAAGGCUGCGGGAGCGAAGAGCAAGGUGCUGAGUUCGCGAAGAUGAUGGACGAGUCCGGAAACGUCAUCAUUUUGGGAAACGCGGUGUUUCUCCGACCGGAGCAGGUGGCAAAAUCAGUGGAGAGCAUAAUCUCACAAACCAUGCCCACCCCGAACGAUCCAAGAAGAAAAGAGCUGCAGCAGAUGGAAACUCAAAAGAUGGUAAUUGACCAAAAAGCCAGGGCCCUGGUCCGUGGGGAGCUCUACUGUGGGCUGGGCUUUUUGUUAUUUCAAACGAUCGGGGCCAUGAGGCUCACUUUCUGGGAGCUGAGCUGGGAUGUCAUGGAGCCCAUUUGCUUCUUCGUCUCGUCCAUCGACUUCGCCUUGGGCUACGCCUUUUUCCUCCGGACAUCGACGGAGCCCACCUUCAAAGGGUUCUUCCACCGUCGCUUCAAGGCCAAGCAACGGCGGCUCAUGGAGGCUCAUAAGUUCGAUGUCGAAAAGUACAACCAGCUCCGAAAAGUGUUUUAUCCGAAUUCGGAUCAUCCGGCGUCGUUUCAUCACGAAGAAGGGAUGGUUAUGGGAUCAUCGUAGUAUGCCUAGGUUAAUAAAACUUCUAUUAGACUUAAAAGCCUAACAAAUUUUGAGUUUAAAGAGUAAUGGUCGAUUGAACAAGCAAACCAGUCGGCCUUGGUUUAUAAAUUGUGGUUCGGACAUGUUUGGACUUUUAAAGAACUGUUGAGCCAAAAAUCGAUCUCGGGCCGAUGACAAAACUUUCGUCCGGCGAUGGGAAACUCGGAAUCUUGUAAUGAGGUUCGGUUGUCAUCCUUCCAUGUGUGCAGUAAAUUGCAUAGUUGAAUGUUAAAACAACUUUGUUAUGUUUC